CGCACAGCAGCCGCGGCCGUGCUGCGGAGGAUAUUAACGGGACUGGAUCUACGCUUUUUGCCUUGUUUUGGGGGGGGGAUCGGGAUUAGAUGUAGACAAACUUCGGGAAGAUCCCCAGUCAAUCGUGGAACUUGUAAAAAAAAUUUUCUCCACCCGAACUUGUAAAGGAUGUAUUACUGUUAAUAAUACAGCUGAAGCGUUGGAAACUUUUCCCACCGAAAUGGAAGGGAAUAUUCCAUGGAUAAUCUUUUCAUUUUUAUUGCUUGUUCAUAACUGUGAAGGAUUCCGCUGCGUGGAUAAAUACAAGCCUUGUGAAAACGGAGGGACAUGCAUAGAUUCUCCCUCUAGAUGCAUAUGCCGGCCUGGCUACAUUGGUCCUCUCUGUCAAUACCUGGAUCCCUGUCACCGCUCCCCGUGUCUGAAUAGGGCAGCAUGCAAAAGCCAAGUGGUCAACAGUAUCCCACAAUACACCUGUGUGUGCCAGAGAGGAUUCAGAGGCCAAGACUGCUCCCUCAUAGAUGCCUGUGCCACCAGUCCUUGUGCCAAUGGUGCCCGCUGUGCCAAUUGGAAUAACCACUACAACUGUUCCUGCCCACCUGGCUUCCAGGGAAAGAACUGCCGCAAUGACAUUGACGAGUGCCGCAAGCUUGGCGUGUGCCUCAACGGCGGCCUCUGCAUCAACACCCACGGGUCCUUCCGCUGCCAGUGCCCACCUGGGUACAGCGGGCGCACCUGUGAGGUGUCCACCCUCCCCUGCGCCCCAUCCCAGUGCCUCAACGGGGGCACCUGCCGACAGACCAGUGACCACUCCUAUGAGUGUGCCUGCCUGCCAGGGUUUGAGGGACACAACUGUGAGAAUAAUGUGGAUGACUGCCCAGGCCACAGGUGUAUGAAUGUAGGGAUAUGUGUGGAUGGAGUUAACACCUACAACUGCCAGUGUCCUCCAGAAUGGACAGGUCAAUACUGCGCUGAGGAUGUCAACGAGUGUCUCAUGCAGCCAAACGCCUGCCACAAUGGCGGGACCUGUUUCAAUACUAUUGGUGGCCACACUUGCGUGUGUGUUAACGGCUGGACUGGGGACGAUUGUAGUGAGAACAUCGAUGACUGUGCCAUCGCCGUCUGCUUCAAUGGUGCCACCUGCCACGACCGCGUGGCCUCCUUCUUCUGCGAGUGCCCAGUCGGAAAGACAGGUCUGCUGUGUCACCUUGAUGAUGCCUGUGUUAGUAACCCCUGCAAUGAAGGCGCAGUGUGUGACACCAACCCGCUUAAUGGCCGUGCCAUCUGCACCUGCCCUGCUGGCUUUGUCGGAGGAGCCUGCAACCAGGACAUGGAUGAAUGUUCAAUUGGUGCAAAUCCUUGCGAGCACUUUGGGAAGUGUGUGAACACAGAGGGUUCCUUCCAGUGUCAGUGCGGCCGAGGAUACGCCGGACCGCGCUGCGAGAUCGACAUCAAUGAGUGCCUCUCCAUGCCCUGCCAGAAUGAUGCCACCUGUCUAGACCGCAUUGGAGAGUUCACCUGCAUCUGCAUGCCAGGCUACAUGGGGACCUAUUGUGAGAUUGAUGUGGACGACUGUGAGAGCAACCCAUGUGUAAAUGAUGGCAUCUGCCGGGACAUGGUCAACAGCUAUACAUGCACCUGCCAGCCAGGGUUUACCGGCACCAUGUGUCAGAUCGACAUAGAUGAGUGUGCUAGCACACCCUGCCAAAACGGAGCCAAAUGCUAUGAUCGGCCCAAUGGGUAUGAAUGCCGCUGUGCUGAAGGUUAUGAAGGCACUCUUUGCGAAAGUAACAUAAACAACUGCCAGCCUGACCCAUGCCACCAUGGUAGUUGUAUAGACGGUAUCGCGAGCUACACUUGUAACUGCGAUGCCGGCUACACAGGAUAUCGCUGUGAGAACCAGCUCAACGAGUGCCACAGCAAUCCCUGUCAGAAUGGGGGCAAGUGUGUGGACCUGGUGAACAAGUACAUCUGCCAGUGCCAACACGGAACGUCUGGCACCAACUGUGAGAUCAACUUCGACGAUUGUGCCAGUAACCCAUGCGACUACGGCACUUGUAAGGAUGGCAUCAACCGCUAUGACUGCGUUUGUAAACCCGGCUUCACCGGUGCUAAGUGUAACGUGGAGAUCGAUGAGUGCGCAUCCAGCCCCUGUAGGAAUGGAGGGACGUGUGUUGACGAGGAGAACGGGUUCCACUGCCUGUGUCCUGAGGGUUUCAAGCCCCCGUACUGUUAUUCCCAGGUGGAUGAAUGCGGGAGCAGCCCCUGCAUCCAUGGCACGUGUAGGGAUGACAUCAACGGGUACCGCUGUGACUGUGAGCCUGGCUGGGUGGGAAAGAACUGUGAUCUGGACCGAAAUGACUGCUUACCGAGCCCCUGCCAGAAUGCUGGCACGUGCAUCGAUCAGCUCAACGGGUUCACCUGCAAGUGCCGCCAAGGCUUUAGAGGUAACCUGUGCCAGGUGAACAUCAACGAGUGUGCGUCCAGCCCCUGCCUGAACAAGGGCACUUGCGUGGAUGGUGUGGCCAGCUUCACCUGUCUUUGUGAGCUUCCUUAUAGCGGGAUCACCUGUGCUGAAGUUCUUACUCCCUGUUCCCCUAACCCCUGUGCCAAUCAUGCCCUCUGCACGCACACGCCAGACUACUUGGGCUACCAGUGUAACUGUCAGCCAGGGUGGCAAGGUCAGUUGUGUAACACUGACAUAAACGAGUGUAUCUCCAACCCCUGUAAGAACCGUGGAACCUGCACCAACACACUCGGAGGCUUCGUGUGCUCCUGCAGAGCUGGGUUCACCGGCACCACCUGUGAGACCGAUAUCAACGACUGUUCCCCCAACCCUUGCCUGAGUGGAGGUUCCUGUACAGACGGAGUAAACUCCUUCCAUUGUAGCUGUCUGCCAGGCUUUACUGGGCCCCGGUGUGCUGUAGAGAUCAAUGAAUGCCAGAGCUCACCCUGCAAGAACGGAGGCACCUGCACGGAUUAUGUCAAUUCCUACACUUGCACAUGUAGGCCUGGCUUUACAGGAAUACACUGCGAAACCAACAUCCCUGACUGCACUGAAAGUUCCUGCUUCAAUGGAGGCACGUGCACAGAUAAGAUCAACGGUUACUCCUGCUCCUGUCGUUUGGGCUUCACCGGUUCCCACUGUCAAUAUGAGGUCAAUGAGUGUGACUCCCAGCCCUGCCUCAAUGGAGGAAUCUGCCAAGAUGCGCUGGAGUCUUUCCGCUGUUCCUGCCCAAAGGGUUACACCGGCAAUCGCUGCCAGACGGCAGUGGACUGGUGCAGACGCUCCUCUCCCUGCCAAAACGGAGGACGCUGUCGUCAAAAAGAUGCCUCCUUCAGCUGUGACUGUAGUGGCGGCUGGUCUGGCCGCUAUUGUGAUAUUCCUAGGGUUUCCUGUGAGGCUGCAGCUCGCCAGAGAGGUCUUCAGACAGACGAGCUCUGCCACCACGGCGGUCACUGUGUCAAUACUGGGAAUACCCACUACUGUAAAUGUCCUGCUGACUACACCGGCAGCUACUGCGAAAGCCAGGUAGAUCACUGUGAAGACAAACCUUGCCGCAACGGGGCCACCUGCAGAGGUUACGUGGGAGGAUACCAGUGCGAUUGUAUGCCAGGCUACACAGGAGAGAACUGUGAGAUUGAGAUCAACGAGUGCCAGUCUCAUCCUUGCCAGAAUGGAGGCACCUGUAUCGACUUGGUGGGCCAUUACAUCUGCUCUUGUCCCCCUGGAACACUGGGCGUACUGUGUGAGAUCAACGAGGAUGACUGCGCUCCACCCCUAAGACUGCGUGGGGUUGCCCCAAAGUGCCUAAAUAAUGGCACCUGUGUAGACAGAGUCGGUGGAUACCGCUGCAACUGCCCCCCAGGUUUCACUGGAGAGAGGUGUGAGGGAGACAUCAACGAGUGUCUCUCCAGUCCUUGCAGUCCAACCAACAGUUUGGACUGUAUCCAGCUGCCCAAUGACUACCAGUGCAUCUGCAAGCCAGGCUAUACAGGUCGGCGGUGCCAGAGCCGGUUCAGCGUGUGUGAGUCUCAGCCAUGUCAGAAUGGAGGAGCCUGCUCUGUGUCCAGCAGCUCAGCACAGGGCUACACCUGCACCUGUCAGCUUGGCUACACUGGAGUGAACUGUGGAAGAAGCAUGUCGUGCAGGGAGCUGUCCUGCUACAACGGAGGCAGCUGUACGCUCACCACACGGGGAGCCCGCUGCACCUGCAUGCCAGGUUAUGCAGGGCCCCAGUGUCAGCACCGCAGCACUGAGAGUUGCGCCUCCCAACCCUGCCGCAAUGGAGGUCUGUGCACAGAAGAGACCAGCUACCCCUUCUUCAGUUGCCAGUGUCUCAGUGGCUGGACGGGCAAACGAUGCGAGCAGAGCGGUCGACAGGCAGAGCUCCCCCCACCGUCCUGCCCUCUUGCUGACUGCCACAGCAAAGCCAAUGACAGUAGCUGUGACAAGGAGUGCAACACUUUUGCCUGCCACUGGGAUGGUGGCGACUGCUCCCUGGCAGUGAACCCCUGGGCCAGCUGCACUGACCCACGCUGCUGGCGUGUCUUUAACAACAGCCAGUGUGAUGAGUCCUGCAACAAUGCUGACUGCCUCUACGACAGCUUUGACUGCAAGACCAAGGAGAAGGUUUGCAAUCCUAUCUAUGAAACCUACUGUAUCGACCACUACGCCGAUGGACGCUGCGACCAGGGCUGUAACUCCGAGGAGUGUGCCUGGGACGGCCUGGAUUGUGCAGGGGAUGUUAAAGAAGAGCUUGCAGAUGGUGUCUUGGUUCUGGUGGUCCUGCUGCCUCCAGAGGAGCUCCUUCGCACCAGCACAGCGUUCCUGCAAAAGCUGAGCUCCAUCCUGCGCACCACACUGCGUUUCCGCCUAGACGACAAUGGAGAGGCUAUGAUCCGGCCCUACACCCGUCGCAACGUACUCUUCAAACGAGAACUCCAACCUCAGCAUGAGGUCAUCGGAUCAAUAGUGUACCUGGAGAUCGAUAACCGUCUGUGCUCCCAGUACUCCCAGGACUGUUUCCCAACAGCUAACAGCGCGGCAGACUUCCUAGGAGGACUAUCAGUUAUGGAGAAGCUCCGCUUCCCAUACCCCUUAAAAGAAGUCCGUGGUGAGAGGAUCAAAAUCAACUCGACAUCAGAUGUGCCCCAGUGGGCCAAGCUGAUGCUGGUGGGGAUAGCUUCUCUGUUCCUACUGGUCAUCCUGGUGGUGGGCAUGUUAAUUGCCCGUAGAAAGAGAGAGCACAGCACCCUGUGGUUCCCUGAGGGCUUCUUCCUGAAAAAGGAACCCAGUAGCAACAAGAACCGCAGAGAACCUGUAGGCCAGGAUGCUUUGGGCAUGAAACACAUGCCAAAAACGGCAGAGGAGUCACUCCUCGCAGACCACAGUGACCAGUGGAUGGACACCGACUGCCCAGAAGCCAAAAGACUUAAAGUGGAAGAGCCAAGUAUGCUGUCAGACAGUGAAGACGCAGUGGAUAGCAGGCAGUGGACGCAGCAUCACCUAGCAGCUGCAGACAUCCGCGUGCCUCCCACCAUGGCCCUCACACCUCCUCAGGGGGAAUUCGACAGCGACUGCAUGGAUGUCAACGUCCGAGGUCCAGAUGGCUUUACUCCCCUGAUGCUGGCGUCGUUCUGCGGAGGCGGCAUGGAGCCUGAGGUAACAGAGGAGGAGGAGUCUGAGGAGUGCUCAGCAAACAUCAUCUCCGACCUCAUCUACCAGGGUGCCUCCCUGGCUGCCCAGACAGACCGCACAGGAGAGACGGCACUCCACCUGGCCGCUCGCUACGCCCGUGCUGAUGCUGCCAAGAGGUUGCUGGACGCCGGGGCUGAUGCCAAUGCCCAAGACAACACAGGACGCACUCCUCUACAUGCUGCGGUGGCUGCUGAUGCGCAGGGGGUCUUCCAGAUUCUGAUCCGAACCCGGGCCACAGAUCUGGACUCUCGUAUGUAUGACGGCUCCACAGCACUGAUCCUUGCUGCACGUCUGGCAGUGGAGGGUAUGGUGGAGGAGCUCAUCACUUGCCACGCUGAUGUCAAUGCCGUCGAUGAGUUGGGUAAAUCUGCCUUGCACUGGGCAGCUGCUGUCAACAAUGUGGAUGCUACGGUUGCCCUGCUGAAGAAUGGAGCAAAUAAAGACAUGCAAGACCUCAAGGAGGAAACCCCUCUCUUCCUCGCAGCCCGUGAAGGCAGCUGUGAGGCUGUGAAGGUGCUGUUGGCUCACUUUGCAAACCGAGAGAUCACAGACCAUAUGGACAGGUUACCAAGGGACAUUGCACAGGAACGCAUGCAUCAUGAUAUCGUCCAGCUGUUAGAUGAGUAUAACACAGUGAGGAGCCCCCAGGGUCAUGGGGGAGCAGGUCACCACCUCGCUGGAGGACACACGCUGUCUCCUCUCAUGUGCCCACCCAGUGCCUUCCUGCCUAGCCUGAAGAACACCCCCCAGAGCAAGAAGAACCGCCGACCUGGGGCCAAAGGCUCAAGCAUGGGAGGCCAGCAUGCCACCAACCUAAAGGAUUCAGUCAAGGCCCGCAGUAAGAAGCUGACCCUAGACAUGCAGAGCGCCCUGCUAGAAAGCUCAGUCACCCUGUCCCCAGUCGACUCACUGGACUCCCCCCGUGGUGGAGCUAACAACGCCGGCUAUGUCACCAAUCCCACCUCCCCCGUGGCCAUGCCCUCACCGGGUCUCUUCCACUCCUCCAUGUCUGUCCCCAACACCCCAAUGGUACAUGGCAGCAUACUAGAGGGGGGAGGCCCCUUUGCUGUACCUCUGACCCAGCUCAACGACCUGGCAGACGGAGGGAUGUCCAUGCAGGGGCGUGUCUCCAUGGCCUCAGGGGUCAACCAUGGCUACGUUCUCAAUUCAAGCCAGAUGGCACUCAACAUGGGCAUGGUCAGCCCUGUCAGCGUACCGUUUGACUGGCACAGCCAGAUGCCCCCCUCCUCCCAGUGUGGCCAGCAGGUAGUGAACCUGGUGCCAAGUAGCCAGGCAGGGAUGCACCCCCAGAGCCCAGCCAUGCAGCAGAGCAUGCUCAUGCACCAGCAGAUGUACCGGAGCCCCAUGCUACAACCCACACCUGUCACCUCCACUCCCUCCAUCAGCCCCAUCAAGCUCCCUUCCAUAGCUGAGCAGCAGCAACAACAACAGCAGCAGCAGCAGCAGCUCCACAACCACAGCAUUGCCAGCCAGCAGAGUAUGGCGCGCAUGGGCACCUCCACCCCACCUACACCCCAGACCUCACAGCCCCAACCAGCAUUCUACCAGCAGCAGCAGCAAGUGCCACAACAGUCCUCUCAGCCGCAGACCGCAGCCCAGCCACCGCAGGCAGCCACGCCGGCAGCCCAGCCCCCUCAGGCUCCAGUUCCCCAGGCCAGUGGUGGCACUGCAGGCCUGGAGGAUUACCCGACCCCUCCCUCACAGCACAGCUACUCUUCCGCCCUAGAUGCCACCCCCAAGCAUUACCUCCACCUGCCCAGUGAGCACCCCUACCUGACCCCUUCUCCGGAGUCCCCUGAGCCCUGGUCCAGCCCCUCCCCUCACUGCGUGUCUGAUUGGUCAGACUCCACCCCAAGCCCAGCCGUCGCUGGCCCAGCCCAGACACAAAUCCCCCAUGUGCCAGAGGGUAAUGGCAAGAUGCAGGUGUUUGCAUGAAGAUCCAAAGGCCUCUGUUUGAUAAGGGACCUGGGAUAAAAGAAUUAGUGGACUGGCUCUUGGGCCCGUCUGUGUUUUUUUACGUGUCAGCCUGUUUCCAAGAUUUUUUAUUGGAUUUGGAUUGACUAUGUUUUAUCAAGAGGACCGUCUGCUAGUGAUGUUUGCAGAGAAGAGUAAAGGGAAAUGUGUGUUGUCUGAUUAAAAAGAGCAGACAAUUUAAUGAAGUAAGACUUAUUCUGUCGCAAAUGGACUUGUUUUUAUUAUAAAAAAAAGUAUAUGAAGAAAACCAAGUCUUUCAUUUCAAAGGCUUAGGGAUGGUCUCCUGAAAACUAACAAACAUUUAAAAAGUAGAUAAGAGAAAAGUAAGAUGUUGAAGGGAAUUCCUUUAUUUUUAUUUAUUGUUUUUCUGACUCUGAACUGCCUUUACAGGUGUUUUCUCCCUCUCUGUCCUGCCCCACUGUCACAAGACCUCGGCCCCACAUUCUAUGUGGACCGCUCUCAUUUCAAUUAAGAGUUGUACAUGAUAGUACAAGGACACAAGAUGCUUAAUCCUUCUCCUCCAACUCAUAAUUGGUCGUUUCCACCACUCUCAUGACCGCUGAGCUGAAUUAACAAACAGAAAGAAGAGUUUGCACCUCUCCAAACUGAUAUUUAUUUUGGCCAACAAACAGCUGAUUUUCAAAAUAAAAACAACCAAUUAGUUCUACAAAAGCAUAUCUGAGGUCACUUAGCGUUAUUAAUGUAAAAUGAUUUGAUUUGAAUUAAACGAAAAGUAAACAAUUACAUUUCAGAGAGGUGUUACCAACAAGGCUUGAAGCACUUCAUUGGGGAUGCCUCAGAGGUCAAUAGCAGGUCAGAUCCCAGGGGUAUGUACCAAGUCUGGCGGACAUUUUUACUUGUGUUCGCUUAGCCGGUGUUUGUUUAGAUAACUAAAGGAAACUAAAGUCUGUUACAGUAAUGCUCUAGGGCUGGUUGAUGACAGCUUCGGUUGUCUUGGUCCCUUCCUGACAGUAGCUCUCCUUCCAGCCCUACAGAUUCUGGUGACUCGACAGGAGUAUACCUCCAUUUGUAAACCCAGGCUGAGAUAAAUUCUCACAGACCCUUUUUAUCCAUUCACUUUAUGAAGUUAUUUCGAACUGAGCAUUCUUUUACAUAAAAAUUCAGCCUGUCACUGCCCUGUAUAGUUUUCCUUUCUAUUUUGAUUUUUGUUUUAUCACACUCUGUAUAUUUGUUGAGACCACAAACACUUUUUUGUUGUGAUAUUUUUUUUUAACAUUUCACCUCAAUGUGCUAAGCUAUAUGUUUAUCGGCUGCUAUUUUAUAUCGUACCCCUCGCCAACAUUCCUGCAUGUUACCUGUCUCUGCUAGCCUGGCGCUGCACUGUACUCUGGGCUGAAAUCCCAUCAGCUCACAUAUCCGCGGCAUCCACCUCCAAUUAGGGCACAAGGAGGUGGGGUUGGGGUGGGAUGGGGUGAGGCAUAACUUUGUAAAGCUCUGAUCUUUUCCAUGUGGGGACCAGAGAUUAACUUUCCCAGUGGAUCUGCGGUUAUUACGGUCACAAAGAUUCAGGUUCUCACUUCUGGGUUCAUUUCUGGUGGCCACCGUCGCACAGAAGAUGGUCAGUGAGAGGAUAUGGCUGUCGGGCAAUUGCUGCUAAUGCUCUGUCACUCCUCAGGGAGGUGUUAUAUGGCACGCAUUGGGACCAUUUCCUCUGCAUCUUUAGCUGCUUCUUGCCCAGGCAGCCAUGGAGUUGGCAUCUUAAGAUAAAUUGGUGUUAGAUAUGGAAGAAGAGAACACUACUGUGUAGUGCCGCACCCUUCGCCUUUUUUUUUUUUUUGACAAGACUUGGGGAUGACACUCCCUGUGAACCAUCCAGCCUUCACUUAUUUUCCUGACCAGCGCUUUAUAUUCCCAUGUGGUCUAGAGAUCAUCCUCUUGUUAAAAAUGCCGCAGACAGGGGCAUAAGGGUAGUGUAGUGGUCUAUUCUGUUGCCUACCAACAUGGGGAUCCCGGUUCGAAUCCCCAUGUUACCCCUGGCUUGGUCAGGGGUCCCUAUAGACACAAUUAGCUAUGGCUGCGGGUGGGAAGCCGGUUGUGGGUAUGUGUCCUGGUCGCUGGACUUGCGCCUCCUCUGGUCAGUUGGGGCACCUGUUCGGGGGGGAGGGGGAACUGGGGGGAAUAGCGUGAUCUGCUACGUCCACCCUGACGAAACUCCUCACUGUCAGGUGAAAAGAAGCAGCUGGCAACUCCACAUACAUUGGAAGAGGUUAUGUGGUAGUCUGCAGCCCUCCCUGGAUCAGCAGAGGGGGUGGAGCAGUGACCGGGAAGGCUCAGAAGAGUGGGGUAAUUGGCCGGACACAAUUGGGGAGAAAAAAAUCCACAAAAAAAAAAAAUGCCGCAGACAUUUCAGCAGAGAAACAUUUGAUGGUUGUACACUGGCUGGUGACCAUUCGUGUGUAGCGCUGUGUUGGUCACAGCUGUCAUGGAUACACUGCUAUCUGACCUGAACCCACCCGUCUAAGAAGCCCACCCUUUAAGUUGUGUUGUAGCUUCUUUCAUCAGUUCGGUGUUCAUUACAGCAUUCGCUUCUGUUCGGUCAGACCUGAGAAAAAGCUAACUGAGUUGUUCAGAUUUCAGAGUUUAUUUACAAGGAAACUUUCUUUUUUUUCACCUAGUCGGUUCAUUUCCUGAUCCGGUUGUUUUACAAAGUGUUUUGUACAUUUCACACUCCCCAACCCCUGCCUGUAAAUAUGUUUUGACCUGGGUAGAUCUAUUUUUGUUUGAGAAGUCUUACAUUUCUAAAAAAAAAUGAUUGUUAUGUACUAAAAUGGUCAAAAAUAAAAUGUACUUCUUUUUAGCAUUAUUGUGAAGCUGUGGAUGUGACUGAUAUUUUAUUGGUCUUGUAUUAUUAGAACAGUCAUAGAUAUUUGCUAUCAUUAUUAUUAAUUUCUAUACUUGUUAAAAGUAGUUUAAAAUCAUUGUACAUAAAACCUUCGCGCCAUUUUUCUUUCUACAGACAAAAGUUGUAAAAUAAGUUACUUCUAAUAAAAACUGUAGGGAACUACA